AUGCCGCUAUACGACGACGAUGACUCGCCUCCUCAAGCGAAAGGUUCUGCUGAUAUUACUAUGAAAUUUCUACAAGCACAGAUAGCCCAGAAGAGGGUUCAAAUACAGCAAGGCAUGCAAAGAACAAGUGUAGCACCAGUUGUGGACUUGUCAGCCCGCAAUAGAACUCCCAUCAACUUGCGUCGAAUCCAGCCCGUACGUGCUCUACCAAUAACGGACUGCGCUCCUCCGUCAUUCCUACCUAAAGGAGCAGUCGAUGACAGUGUUAAUUUAUUUGGUGAAUACAUUGCGAAGAAUGAGUAUCAGCCAGCGGUCCCUAACGAGUACGCUGCAUGCAAAAGGAAGGUUGAGGAACGAGAGGCACGUGAGAGACAUGCUAGAGAAAUCGCAGAAAGGCCUGUUUUCUUCUCUUUACCGUUUCAGCUUAUAAUUCUGAAGUCAGUGAGGCAUAUAUAA